UGCAAGCGAUCGCACGUUUCUAUUUAACAACUUUUUUAUAUUAUUAUUUAAUUUCACAAUGUCUUUUAGUAUUGAACGUUUAAUAACUGAGAUAGAAUGUCGUCCUGCGUUAUGGGAUUGUAGGGUGAAGGAAUAUAGUGAGAGACUGUUGAAACGAGACGCUUGGGAAGAAGUCUGCUCCGUUUUGGACCCCAACUAUGACGAUUAUACCAAGGCCGAGAAACUUAACAAAGCCGCAUUCAUACAGAAGAAGUGGAAGGGUAUCCGAGACGCGUUCGUAAGAGAACUGAAGAAAAGCAACCAAAAAGGAGCGCCUACACAUAAACCUUAUACAUACUAUGACAACUUAUCAUUCCUAAAACCGAUAUAUGAAACAAUUUCUAAUACAAAAAUGAAGAGAGAUGGAGAAGAUAAUUCGUUAUAUGGAGAAGUGCAAGACGAUGAAAACUAUGACAGCGAUGAUUCAAGUUCUAAUGAUAUAUCCCAACUAGCACCAGUAAACAAAAGUAACUACUAUACUUCUAGAAAAAGAAAACACGAGGAUGCAUUCUUCAAAUUGCUAUCAGACCAUGUAAAAAGUAAAAAGUUGCAAAAUGUUCACAAUGAUCCAGAUAGACAAUUCUUGCUUUCUCUUCUCCCAGAUUUUAAAAAUAUAGACUCCAGUGUCAAGUUUGAUUUAAAAUUUGAAGUUAUGAGUAUUAUAAAAAAGUAUAAGGCUUUUAAUAAAUGAUAGAAUCAUGGCAAUUAGUGUUCCAUAAUCACUGCCUUCACUUGGGGGUCCAUGUGAAGGUAUGUAGGUAGGUAUGUACAAAUACUGUUUUAUAAUAAUUAUUGUAAUAAAGGGGUUAGAAU